AUGCCUUCGAAAACUGAGACUAAUAUCAAAGAAUCAAAAACAGAUGUUUUAAUAAUUGGUGCAGGACCAUCUGGUUUAAUGUGUGCAUUAUGGUUAUCAAGAUGUGGAAUCCCAUUUAGAAUUAUAGAUAAAAGAUCAAAUGAAAUAUUUGCAGGUCAAGCCGAUGGUUUACAAAGUAGAUCAUUAGAAAUUUUUAAAUCAUUUAGUGAAUCACAAUUUGAUUUUAUAACAAUGGAUCAAGCUUGGAAAUGUGCAAAUCAUAUUGAAGAAAUGUGUUUUUGGUCACCAAAUGAAAAUGAAGAAUUAAUUAGAAAAUCAAGAAUAAGUGAUAAUAUACCUGGAUUAUCAAAUUUUACUGAAUGUGUUAUUAAUCAAGGUAAUAUUGAAAAAUGGUUUGUUGAAUCAAUAAAACAAUUCUCUGGAAAUAAAGUUGAAAUUGAAAGACCUUUGUUACCAUUAAAUUUAAAAAUUAAUGAUGAUAAUGAAGGUGAAUAUCCCGUUGAGAUUUUGGUCAAAAGAUUGAGUAAUGAGAAAGCAAAACCAGAACAAUUUGGCGGAACCUCAAAUGGAUUGUUUCGACAAUUUGAUGGAGAUCAAGAAAAAUCAUAUUCUAAUAUCCAAGAUAGUAAUGAUCUUGAAUUAAUCAAAGCUAAAUAUGUUUUAGGAUCAGAUGGAGCACAUAGUUGGGUUAGAAAACAAUUAAAUAUUAAUAUGGAAGGGGAACAUACAGAUUUUGUAUGGGGUGUAAUGGAUAUUGUACCAAUUACAAAUUUUCCAGACAUUAGAAGUAGAUGUGCAGUUCAUUCAAAAGAUAGUGGUUCAAUGAUGAUUAUACCAAGAGAAAAUGAUUUAGUAAGAUUUUAUAUUCAGUUAAAAGAAGUUGAUCGUGAUGUUUCUACUAAAGAUGAAACAAGAGAAUUUAUGGGUAAUUGUGAUGAUAAAUUAGCAAGUUCAAAAGGUAGAAUUGAUAGAUCUAAAAUUACUCCAGAAUCUAUAUUAAAACAAGCACAAGAAAUUAUUAAACCUUAUACAUUAGAAAUUUGUAAUUUGAAUUGGUAUACAGGUUAUCAAAUAGGUCAGAGAGUAGCUAAUAAAUUUGAAAAACAUAAUCGUGUAUUUAUUAGUGGUGAUGCAUGUCAUACUCAUUCACCAAAAGCUGGUCAAGGAAUGAAUGUAUCAAUGCAAGAUACAUAUAAUUUAGGUUUUAAAUUAGCUUUAGUUUGUAAAGGUUUAGCUGAUCCUAAAAUUUUAAAUACUUAUGAACUGGAAAGAAUUAAAAUUGCAAAAGAUUUAAUUGAUUUUGAUCAUAAAUUUUCAAAAUUAUUUAGUGGUCAACCAAUGAUACCAAAUUCAAAAAUUAUGGAACAAACAAAUGAAGAAUUAUCAAAUGACAGAGUUGAUAUGAAUGAAUUCCAUCAAGUUUAUUUAAAAGGUAGUAAAUUUGCAAGUGGUACAAUUGUUGAUUAUGAAGAUUCUAUAUUAAUUAAUAAAUCAAUUAAAGUUUUUUCAAAUGAAAAUGGAGAUUUUAAUUCGUUAGCUUCAAAAGUACCAAUAGGUAGAAGAUUAUAUAGUGAUUUGAUUUUAGGUCAAGUUGAUUUAAAAACUCAACAGAUUGAGGAUAAAUUAACUUCAGAUGGUAGAUUUAGAGUUAUAAUUUUUUCAGGAAAUUUAAAACACAAUCCAAUUAAUUUUGAAAAAUUAAAUAACUUUAAUUCAUUUUUUAAUUCAACAAAUCAUUUUUUGAAAAAAUAUACACCAAAAUUUGCAUUUGAAAAUUCAGUAAUUGAAAUAUUGUUAAUUCAUUCGAAUAAAAGAAAUGAAAUUGAAUUUAAUGAAUUUCCUGAAUUUUUAAGACCUAUUGAUUUCAAAAGAAGAACUGAUUAUUGGAAAAUUUAUUCAGGUGUAGAUUCAAAUCAUCUUGGUCAAAAAAUUGAUAUAUAUGAAACUUAUGGUAUUGAUAAAGAUAAGGGAGCUAUAUUAGUCAUAAGACCAGAUACUCAUGUUGCUAAAGUUGUUGAAUUUUCUGAAUCUGGAUUAAAUGAAAUUGAUGAAUAUUUUGAUGUAUUUAUGAUUGAUCAACGUAAUAAUGAAUUUUUGGAAAAGGAUGUAGAGAAAGAUGAUUCAGAUAGAUUUGUUAAACCAAGAUUGGCUGUAUAA